GAGAGCGCGAUGCUGAGUUCGGUUGAGGAGUUCAGAGAAGAGGAGCAGGGCUGCGGACGGUGGCAUCAGUGCAAAGGGGCGAAACAAGGGAAUAUUUGGCCGACUUUCAAAAGAGCUGGAUUAUAAAAACUGGACGCGCUGGAUAGCAGCUCAUUCAUCUCUUCGUGCACGUACCGUGAGGUCUCAUCGCUGACAGCCCGUGUGGUGGCCUAUUUUUAGUUCCUCAUGCCGGAGAUGGCGCAGCGGAGCGGGCAAGAGGACCCCGAGCGGUACCUCUUUGUGGAUCGGGCCAUGGUCUACAACCCAGCUAACCAGGCAGACUGGACGGCCAAGAAGCUGGUGUGGGUUCCUUCUGAACGGCAUGGGUUCGAGGCGGCCAGCAUCCGAGAGGAACGUGGAGAGGAGGUGCUCGUUGAGCUGGCUGAAAAUGGCAAGAAGGCCCUGGUGAACAAAGAUGACAUCCAGAAGAUGAACCCGCCCAAGUUCAGCAAAGUGGAGGAUAUGGCAGAACUCACCUGCCUGAAUGAAGCAUCUGUUUUACACAACUUGAAAGAUCGCUACUACUCUGGGCUCAUAUAUACAUACUCAGGACUCUUCUGUGUGGUCAUAAACCCAUACAAAAACCUCCCCAUAUACUCAGAGAACAUCAUCGAGAUGUACAGGGGCAAGAAGAGGCAUGAAAUGCCACCUCAUAUCUACGCCAUUUCUGAAUCUGCCUACAGAUGCAUGCUUCAAGAUCGUGAGGACCAAUCAAUUCUUUGCACAGGGGAAUCAGGUGCUGGAAAGACAGAAAAUACCAAAAAAGUCAUCCAGUACCUGGCUCACGUUGCAUCGUCUCACAAAGGAAGGAAGGACCACAACAUUCCACCAGAAUCUCCUAAAGCAGUCAAACUCCAGAGCGGAAUCCUGUUUUAUGGAGAGUUAGAGCGUCAACUCCUGCAGGCAAACCCUAUUCUGGAAUCCUUUGGGAAUGCCAAGACAGUGAAAAAUGACAACUCCUCACGCUUUGGCAAGUUCAUCCGCAUCAACUUUGAUGUAACCGGUUACAUUGUGGGGGCCAACAUUGAAACCUAUCUUCUUGAAAAGUCCAGGGCUAUUCGCCAAGCCAAAGAUGAACGCACCUUCCAUGUCUUCUACCAGCUGUUGGCUGGUGCUGGAGAACAUCUAAAAUCUGAUCUACUCCUGGAGGGCUUCAAUAACUACCGCUUCCUCUCCAAUGGUAACAUUCCCAUUCCUGGCCAACAGGACAAGGACAAUUUCCAAGAGACCAUGGAAGCCAUGCAUAUUAUGAGCUUCUCCCAUGAUGAAAUCUUAUCAAUGCUCAAGGUGGUAUCAGCUGUCCUGCAGUUUGGCAACAUUGUGUUCAAGAAGGAGAGAAACACCGACCAGGCCUCUAUGCCAGAAAAUACAGCUGCUCAAAAGCUUUGCCACCUGCUUGGCAUUAAUGUCAUGGAGUUCACACGUGCCAUCCUGUCUCCAAGAAUCAAAGUGGGCAGAGACUAUGUACAAAAAGCCCAAACUAAGGAGCAGGCCGACUUUGCAGUGGAAGCCCUGGCCAAGGCCACAUACGAAAGGUUGUUCCGCUGGCUUGUUCACCGCAUUAAUAAAGCUCUGGACAGGACCAAGCGCCAGGGAGCUUCCUUCAUUGGCAUCCUGGACAUUGCUGGCUUUGAGAUAUUCCAGCUGAACUCAUUUGAGCAGCUCUGCAUCAACUACACCAACGAGAAGCUUCAGCAGCUGUUCAACCACACCAUGUUCAUCCUGGAGCAGGAGGAGUACCAGCGUGAAGGCAUCGAGUGGAGCUUCAUCGACUUCGGCCUCGACCUGCAGCCCUGCAUUGACCUCAUCGAGAGACCAGCAAAUCCUCCCGGUGUGUUGGCUCUGUUGGAUGAGGAGUGCUGGUUUCCAAAAGCCACUGAUAAAACCUUUGUGGACAAACUGGUGCAAGAGCAAGGCACUCAUGCCAAGUUCCAGAAACCACGGCAGCUGAAGGACAAAGCUGAUUUCAGCAUCAUUCACUAUGCUGGCAGGGUUGACUAUAAGGCAGAUGAGUGGUUGAUGAAAAACAUGGACCCUCUAAAUGACAACGUGGCCACACUCCUGCACCAGUCCACGGAUAAGUUUGUGGCUGAACUGUGGAAGGAUGAGAUUCAGAAUAUCCAAAGAGCGUAUUUUUAUGAUGUCUCUAGUCUCCAUGAAUCGCCAAGUGAAGAAAUCCGAGCCUUGGAGCUUGACCCAAACCUCUACCGGAUCGGGCAGAGUAAGAUCUUCUUUCGCACUGGAGUUUUGGCACACCUGGAGGAGGAGAGAGACCUGAAAAUAACAGAUAUCAUCAUCUACUUUCAGUCAGUCUGUCGAGGAUAUCUGGCUCGCAAAGCCUUUGCUAAAAAACAGCAGCAGCUAAGCGCUUUGAAAGUCCUGCAGAGAAACUGUGCCGCCUACCUGAAACUACGCCACUGGCAGUGGUGGAGACUUUUCACCAAGGUGAAACCCCUCCUCCAGGUGACCCGUCAGGAGGAAGAAAUGCAGGCCAAGGAUGAGGAGCUCAUUAAAGUGAAGGAGAAGCAAGUGAAAGUAGAGAACGAACUGGUGGAAAUGGAGCGGAAACACCAGCAGCUUUUGGAGGAGAAGAACAUCUUGGCAGAGCAACUGCAGGCUGAGACAGAAUUGUUUGCUGAAGCUGAAGAGAUGAGGGCUCGCCUGGUGGCUAAAAAACAAGAGCUGGAGGAGAUUCUUCAUGACCUGGAGUCCCGUGUGGAGGAGGAAGAGGAGAGGAACCAAUCUUUGCAGAAUGAGAAGAAGAAAACGCAGUCGCACAUACAGGACCUAGAGGAACAACUAGAUGAAGAAGAGGCUGCCCGACAGAAGCUUCAGUUGGAGAAGGUGACUGCUGAAGCCAAGAUAAAAAAGAUGGAGGAAGAUAUUCUGCUGUUGGAGGACCAGAACUCCAAAUUCCUAAAGGAGAAAAAACUCCUGGAGGACCGUGUCAGUGAGAUGACCUCCCAGUUGGCUGAGGAAGAAGAGAAGGCCAAGAACCUUAGCAAAGUCAGAAACAAGCAAGAAAUGAUGAUGGUAGACCUGGAAGAGCGUCUGAAGAAAGAGGAGAAAACUAGGCAGGAGCUUGAGAAAGCCAAAAGAAAGCUGGAUGCUGAGACCACAGACCUACAGGACCAGAUAGCUGAGCUGCAGGCCCAGAUUGAGGAACUCAAGAUCCAACUGGCCAAGAAAGAAGAAGAGCUACAGGCUGUACUGGCCAGAGGUGAUGAAGAGGUCGCUCAGAAGAACAAUGCUCUGAAGCAAGUGCGGGAGCUGCAGGCCCAGCUAGCUGAGCUCCAGGAGGAUCUGGAGUCUGAGAAAGCAGCCAGAAACAAAGCUGAGAAACUUAAGAGAGAUCUGAGUGAGGAACUGGAGGCUCUGAAGACUGAGCUGGAAGACACCCUGGACACCACUGCCGCCCAGCAGGAGCUGAGGACCAAACGAGAGCAGGAGGUGGCAGAGCUGAAGAAGGCCAUUGAUGAUGAGAUAAAAAACCAUGAGUCUCAGAUCCAGGAGAUGAGACAGAGGCACGGCACAUCUCUGGAGGAGAUUUCUGAGCAGCUGGAGCAGGCCAAGAGAGUGAAGUCAAAUCUGGAGAAAAACAAACAGACUCUGGAGAGUGAUAAUAAGGAGCUGACCAAUGAUGUGAAGAGUUUGCAGCAAGCCAAGUCUGAAUCUGAGCACAAGAGAAAGAAACUUGAGGCUCAGCUGCAGGAGUUCAUGGCCCGCUUCAGCGAGGGAGAGAAGGUUAAAGGAGAACUUUCAGACCGUUCCCACAAACUACAGGCGGAACUGGACAAUGUUUCUGCUCUAUUGGAAGAUGCUGAGAAGAAGGGAAUUAAGCUGGCCAAAGAUGCCUCCAGCCUAGAGAGCCAGCUUCAGGACACUCAGGAGCUGCUUCAAGAGGAGACGCGUCAAAAGCUGAACCUGAGCAGCCGUAUCCGUCAACUGGAGGAGGAGAAGAACAGCCUUCAGGAGCAGCAGGAGGAGGAAGAGGAGGCGCGAAGGAACCUGGAGAGACAACUGGCAACACUACAAUCCCAACUGGUGGAUACCAAGAAAAAGCUGGAGGAUGAUGUGGGAGCUCUUGAAGGCCUGGAGGAGGUCAAGAGGAAACUGCAGAAAGACAUGGAGGGGACCAGUCAGAAACUGGAGGAAAAGGCCAUUGCUUACGACAAGCUGGAGAAAACCAAGAACAGGCUGCAGCAGGAGCUUGAUGACCUUAUGGUGGACCUGGACCACCAGAGACAGAUCGUCUCAAACCUGGAGAAGAAACAGAAGAAGUUUGACCAGAUGCUGGCGGAGGAGAAGACCAUCUCUGCACGUUACGCUGAGGAGAGGGACCGUGCUGAGGCCGAGGCGAGAGAGAAGGAGACCAAAGCUCUGUCUAUGGCCCGAGCCCUGGAUGAAGCUCUGGAGGCUAAAGAGGAAUUUGAGAGACUCAACAAGCAGCUCAGAGCUGAGAUGGAGGAUCUGAUGAGUUCCAAGGAUGACGUAGGCAAGAAUGUGCAUGAGCUAGAGAAAUCCAAGCGCACUCUGGAGCAGCAGGUAGAGGAGAUGCGCACUCAGUUGGAGGAGCUGGAGGACGAGCUACAGGCCACAGAGGAUGCCAAGCUGCGUCUGGAGGUCAACAUGCAGGCCAUGAAGGCCCAGUUUGACCGAGACCUGCAGGCCAGAGAUGAGCAGAAUGAGGAGAAGAAGAGGGCACUGGUCAAACAGGUGCGUGAGAUGGAGGCAGAGCUUGAAGAUGAAAGGAAGCAGAGAGCUCUUGCUGUAGCUGCCAAGAAGAAACUGGAGAUGGACCUCAAAGAUGUGGAAGCUCAGAUCGAGGCUGCAAACAAGGCCCGUGAUGAAGCCAUUAAACAGCUACGCAAACUCCAGGCCCAGAUGAAGGACUACCAGAGGGAGCUGGAGGAGGCGCGCGCUUCUCGUGAUGAUAUCUUCGCUCAGUCUAAGGAGAACGAGAAGAAGCUCAAGAGUCUCGAGGCUGAGAUUCUGCAGCUGCAAGAGGACCUGGCAUCUUCAGAGAGAGCCCGACGCCACGCUGAACAGGAAAGAGACGAGCUUGCAGAUGAGAUUUCCAACAGUGCCUCUGGAAAGGCAGCCCUCUUGGAUGAGAAGAGGAGGCUGGAGGCUCGUAUUGCCCAGCUGGAGGAAGAGCUAGAGGAGGAACAGAGCAAUAUGGAGCUCCUGAACGACCGCUUCCGCAAGACCACUAUGCAGGUGGAUACCCUGAACACAGAGCUGGCGGGAGAGCGCAGUGCCGCCCAGAAGAGCGAGAACGCCCGUCAGCAGCUGGAGCGGCAAAACAAAGAUUUGAAGGCCAAACUGCAGGAACUUGAGGGAUCCAUCAAAUCAAAGUUCAAGGCCUCUAUCGCCGCCCUGGAGGCCAAGAUUAUCCAGCUAGAGGAGCAGCUUGAACAGGAAGCAAAGGAGAGAGCUGCAGCCAAUAAGAUUGUGCGUCGCACAGAGAAGAAACUCAAGGAGGUGUUCAUGCAAGUGGAGGAUGAGCGUCGCCAUGCUGACCAGUACAAAGAGCAGAUGGAGAAGGCAAACUCCCGCAUGAAGCAGUUGAAGAGGCAGCUGGAGGAGGCUGAGGAAGAGGCGACUCGAGCAAACGCCUCCCGCAGGAAGCUGCAGAGAGAGCUGGACGAUGCCACCGAAGCUAGUGAGGGUCUGAGCCGAGAGGUCAGCACGCUCAAAAACCGCCUCAGGCGAGGAGGUUCUGUUAGCUUCUCCUCAAGCCGUUCUGGCCGCAGGCAGCUGCAGAUGGAAGGGGAGUUUUCUGACGACGACGCGGACAGCAAGGCCAGCGACCUGAACGAGAACCCGCCGGCUCAAGCGGAGUAGAGCACAGCCGCCCUCCUGUGGUCACCCAGCCCCACUGCUUCCUCCUCUCCAGCACCUCAUUCUUCUCCUUUAGCUAUGUGGAGUCCACGGUACAGAAAGAGGACCAGUGAGCGAUGUAAACACACAACUACACUAACACUUCCACAUACACACACACACACACACACAC